AGGUACAAUACAAUACCCUGUUAACGGUCCGUGCAUAUGUGCAAUACCUGGUAGCAUCCAUAGCAACCAACCAAAACAAGUAUGCAAUUCCAACAUACUGGACCUUCAAUGCCAUCGUCAGAAAAGUUCCUGUGACAGCGACACAACAAACCACUCAGAACAUAGCUCAUCGUAUUCUUUUCUCUUUCUCUCUCCAGUCAUUAUAAUACAUACAUACAUAAAUUUUUGCGUCUUCCAUUCAACGUCCCCCUCCCCAAAGCAAAAAAUAACAAAAAAACCACCACUUACUUCUCCACCAUUUAUUUCAUCUAGCCAACAGUAGAAACCCCUGGUAAUUCUCAAGCCAAAGCAACCAGCAAAGACAAGAUGACUUCCUUCGUCACGACAGUCAACCAGCGCGCCCGCAACCAAUUCCGCUCGCGCCCGGGCAAAGGCGGCAACACGAGCUACCAGCUACGGCAGUACGCGGAGGCGACACUGGGCGGCGGCUCCCUGCGCAAGGUCGUGAAGCUGCCCGAGGGGGAGGACGAGAACGAGUGGCUGGCGGUGAACAUGGUGGACUUCUACAACCAAGUGAACCUCUUGUACGGCGCCAUCACGGAGUUCUGCUCGCCGCAGUCGUGCCCCGAGAUGAAGGCGACGGACGAGUUCGAGUACCUCUGGCAGGACAACGACGCCUACCGCCGCCCCACCAAGAUGGCCGCCCCCGACUACAUCGAGCAGCUCAUGUCCUGGGUCCAGGCCAGCAUCGACAACGAGUCCGUCCUCCCCUCCCGCAUCGGCGUCCCCUUCCCCAAAUCCUUCCCCGCCCUCGUCCGCCAGAUCUUCAAGCGCAUGUACCGCGUCUACGCCCACAUCUACUGCCACCACUACCCCGUCAUCCGCGAGCUCGGCCUCGAGCCCCACCUCAACACCUCCUUCAAGCAGUACGUCCUCUUCAUCGACGAGCACAACCUCGCCACUGGAAAGGACUUCUGGGGACCCCUCGGCGAUCUCGUCGAGAGCAUGCUGCGCAGCGACUGAGCUUGAGCUUGACCAACAAGCCAACAAAAGCCCACUUCUCAGGGUCUCGGUCUCCCCCCCAGCCUCACCCCAACCCAACCCAUUUCUGAGAAAUAGUGAUUUGCAUUCACAUUAAUAACCAGGCUCCAUGGAAGGUUUAGCCAACCAAGGGGUGUUUGUUUGCAUCUUUUUACCGUUUGGCGUUUGGGUCGGACAUUAGAGGGGACUAAUAGGUUUUUCUACUUUGUGAGGCGUGGACUAAGGACAAUUUCGACACUCACGACGCAGGCUACGAUGCUACUAUUCCCGUCAACCGCUGUUUACUGCUACACUGUUACUUUGGCACACCACCUGGACGUGAGCUGUCUUGGAGGAGUAUGUGGUCAUAGGGUUAUAUUAGUUUCUGGGUCU